AAAUCGCAUUGGUGCACUGAGUCGUCGUCCCCAUCAUUCUGUCUGAAUUCGCCUCUUCAUACAACAUAGAGGUGAACAACUCUCAACAUGCCUGCCCCUCGUUCAUCAAAGAAAGCCGUCGUGCUAUGUCUCUUCCAGUCGUUCGCAGGGAUGAUCUUCGGUUGGGAGAAUUCGUCCACCUCCGGUCUCUACCAACUCCCCGCCUAUCUUCGUCGAUUCGGUACUUGCGACACUUAUAACGCUGCUGGGGUAUGCACCAAUUACUCUCUCCCGACCACUCGUCAAUCAACCAUCGCCGGUAUUCUGUGCAUCGGAGCUUUCUUGGGCGCUUUGAGCAGUGGUCCUCUUGGUAGUCGAUACGGUCUCCGACGCACAUGUCUCGCCUUCAUCGCCAUCUACAUGGUCGGUGUCGCAAUCGAGGUCUCUGCCUUCAACGAGUGGGGUCAGAUCUGUGUCGGUCGAGCUUUGGCCGGUAUGGGCGUCGGAGCCACCUCUGGUCUGGUCCCAGUCUUUCAGGCCGAGGCCAGCCCUCCUGCUCUUCGAGGAAUGAUUACCGGAUCUUUCCAAUUGAACGUCACUCUUGGUAUCUUCUUGGUCAACUGUACCACCUACGGAAUGUCCAAGCACACCGGUGACAUCACCUACAGGCUUCCCGUCGGUCUUGCCCUCAUCUGGUCUGGUCUGCUCCUCAUCGGUUUCAUCCUCUCGCCCGAAUCUCCUGCGUACCUCGCCGGACGAGGCGAUUGGGAAAAGGCCAGGAUCAACUUGGCCAAGCUUCGAGACUUGCCUGCGGAUGACGAGGAAAUCACCCUCGAGCUUGAGGAGAUGAGGAUCGCCAAGGAGGAGGAGGCGAAGCUGGGAGAAGCUCGAUACGCGGAGGUCUUCAGUAACAAGGAUCGAAUCGCCUGGAGGACCAUGAUCGGGUGUCUCAUUCAAGCUUGCCAGCAGCUCUCCGGUAUCAACUUUUACUUUUCAUACGGAUCCGUCUUUGCCCGAUACGCCGGGAUCGACGACGUCUUCAUCUUCAUCAUCAUUCUCUCUGCCGUCAACGUCGCCAUGUCGUUCCCCGGAAUCUUGGCUGUCGAUAAGAUGGGUCGUCGAUCCGUCCUCUUGAUCGGUUGUCUCGUCAUGGGGGUUUCUCAGGUGAUCGUCGGUGCCGUCUCGACGGCUCUUCCAGGUCAGGCCCAAGCUGGUAAAUCCUUGAUCGCAUUCUCGGCCAUCUUUGUUGCUGGUUUCGCUUCGACUAUCGGGCCCGUCGCUUGGGUUGUUGCUGCCGAGGUCUUCCCUCAGCGUCUGGCUGCCAAGUGUGUCACUCUGGCCACGGCGACGAAUUGGGGGGUCAACACGGUUAUCACUUUCGUUGCUCCGAUUAUCCAGCAAAAGAUCGGUACCAAGAUCACCUUCAUCUGGGCCGGUUUCCUUAUUGGUUCGGCCGUCUUCAUCUACCUCUGUGUUCCCGAAACGAAGGGAUUGAGCAUUGUCGAAGUCGACUCGCUCUUCCUCUCCAAGACGCCCGCUUGGCGAUCGAAGAGCUUUAUCGAGAAUCAAGGCGCCCAGGAGGCCAUGGCCCAAGAGAAGCGAGGUUCUGACGAACAGCACGAGAAGGUCCUCGACUCCGUUGCUACUUCGGCUAGGACCAGCGCCGAAGUCUAAGCUAGAUGUCAUAUUUGUACCAUUAUACCCUUCAUCUAUCGUUCAGAAAUCAAAGAUCGAUCGGAGAACAGUACAUCAUAAGAAGCGCGGUCGACCGCUUUGAACACGAACGGGGUCACGACUCAUCGUCCGUGCCAGCGAACAGAAGAGUCGAUCUCCAUUGGGGUUCUGUCUCCCUGGUCUAGCACUAGAUUUCGCAAGCAAACGAUGACGAACUCUCUCUCGUAUCCCUGAUGAGAGAUUCGAGGCGUACGAAAUACCUAGCAAUGGGGAAACCGUCCAGCCGAUGAGCAGCGGAUGAGAGUAAUGGUAGGAGGGUGCUUGAGGCAGAAAAGGUCGAGUCUUGUGCGGAAGGUGAAAGACACGAAUGAUUGAGAAAGAGA